AUGAAAGGCACACCCUGUACGAGAGCUUCCUUCCGGAGCUUGCGUGCUCCAUCGCGUUGGGAGCUAUUGCUGCAGCUAAAGCGCCGAACCUCGAUCACAUCAGAGGCUGGUUUGUCCAAUGCAAGAGACUACACGGUGGCGAUUUCCGGGCUCGGGCGCCUCGCACGCUGGACUGAGGAAAGCGUUGAAGACCUGCUGGGAGAUCGCAGAUUGCUGAAGCAAGUGGAGGAGCAUGGCACGGGCUUGUCACCACGCUGGGGCGACUGUGUGGCCAUCUGCUACAACAUCUGGGAGUUACCAAAGGGCCAGGCGCAGCAAGUCUUGCUCCUCGAGCCCACGACCUGCAGGCAUGUCGUCGGCGAGCAAGAUGACGGCUUCCUGCCACACCAACUCUCCGAAGUUCUUCUUUGCUCCAUGCAAGUCGCGGAGAAGGCAAGCUUCCUCAUUGACCUGGAAGCCUUUGGCGUGGCCCUGAAGCACCCGCAGCUCCGAAUGUCUGGUUUUGAGCGCGUGGAUGUGGAGAGGAUUCAGUGCACCAUCCAGCUUCGGGACAUGCAGCGUGGCCCCGAGGCCUUUGACCCUCUGCGUCAUGUUCUACCAUCGAGUGGCGAGUCUGGAAUGACGCUGCGGCUGCCGUGGUCCCAGAAGGACGAGCCGGGAGAAAAGCGUGCUGCUACCCAGCAUGCCAGUUUACCUUUCCAGCGCUGUACGGUGAGUUUGGAAUUUGAAGCCCGCGAUGCGGACGGGCAUGCCCUCCUCACAACCAGGGGAUGGCGCGGCCGACAAGGCUGUGGCGAGCUGCCAGACUGCGUUGAGGUGGCUCUGCCGCUCCUUGCGCCGGGGCAGUCUGCAGAACUGCGGUGUGCAACCCUUCAGGGUCUGCGCGGCUGGCCCGGGACAACCCCGCCAUUGCCGGCUCUCCCACUGCAUUGUGGGCAAGGGUGCUAUUCCGCAUUGCCGUUCUGGCCCGCGACUGGGAGCCCGUGGCAGACCUGGAGCUACACGUAA